AUGGCAUCACUUCGGACGAAACUCCCUGCACUGUUACUGUCUCCGAGCGCGAACACAAGAGUGUUAGAUGCAUUCUAUCACAAGAAAGUCAUCGAUCAUUACGAGCAUCCGCGGAAUGUCGGCUCUCUGGACAAGGACGAUCCGAGUGUUGGCACCGGCAUUGUCGGAGCGCCGGCUUGCGGCGACGUCAUGAAGCUUCAAAUAAAAGUCGAUGAGAACGGCAAAAUAAUAGAUGCGAAAUUCAAGACGUUUGGCUGCGGCUCGGCGAUCGCAUCGAGCAGUCUGGCAUCCGAAUGGAUCAAG